CAAAUGAGCACUAUUCAUUUACGCAAAGUGUACACCAACAGGAAGCAGCAAGAUAUAUGCAUGGCAGGAGGAAGUUCUGGUAUGUGUGAUUGUAUCAGAGCGUUUCACCCCAUCUUCCUGAGGCUCCACAUACAGCUCAUCACCUAUCCUGGACAGGGAGUGGAUGGCUUUGGCCAGCACUGGACGUGUGUGAGAUCUGAGGAACGCUGCCAUGCACCAUCUCUCCUCGUGUCACCAGUGAUAUAAAUGGCUGUUGGAGAAGAGGGGUGACUAAAACAAUCUUCCUGUACUGAAACCUCAGACAUUUGAUGAAAGAAAAAGACUUUGAAGGGACACAAGACGACAAAAGUCAGCGAUUGUUUUGAGUGAGAAACUGCUGCUGAAACUUCUGAGGAUUAUGGAGGAAUGGAAGCAGUAUGAAAGCGAAACAUCUGUGAAAACAAGCAGCCUACGCAGAGUAACAGAAAUAUUUCUAUCUUAGCUGAGGAAGUUAAAUGUUAAGAAAUGGACCUGUCUUGAUAUCUGCGAUGGAAACUGCUAAUAGGAUAAUGGAAAAUUUGUAAAAUGAAAAAAGAGGGAAACAACCACCACAGGAGUCUUAACAACAAAAGUUGGACACAGGGGUAACGUAAUUUUUACGCAAAUACUUUCUUCGCUCAUUGUCUUCUGACUCUGUGGAAUCCAUCGCUUUUUUUAGUGGACUAUAUCGUAGUGUUUACUUGUACUCAUUGUUGAUAUGCCUUUAUGUGACUUCUGGAUUUGAUACACAGCAGUUUUGUGCCUAAAUGUCUCAGUCACAUAAUCCAACAGACAGUCAGGGCUUGCUGCAGUCCAUGCUGCAGAGACUGAAGCUCCAGUCAGGAAGAGAGGGCCAGCCUUUCCUGCACACAUCUGUACCCAUCACAUCUGUUUCCACACCGGAGCAAGAUGGAGAGCGAGGAACCUCCAACCUCCAGAAAGUAAAAAACAUUCCUGUAAAUGGCUUUGAGUUAAGUACCAAUGGUAUCCCCUCAAAAGAGUCUGGGAUCUCUGCCGCGGACAGUAAUUUUGGCCUCAAAACUGAGGAGAUACAACAACCAGGUCAUGUCUGCGAAAUGGACAGGGGUCUCAUUUCCUUCCCCUCCCAGGAAGACAACACUGAUAAUGACACGUGUGAGAACAGGGUGUUUGGACAGGCCACAUCGCCUGGAAUCACCCCAGUAAAAACAGGGCAGCUGUUUCCCGCUAAAUCACUCAAGGAUGCUGAUAUCACUUCCUUUGAGAGGACUGAUGGGGACAGGGUGAGUUUUGGCAGUUCUGCAAUGACAAGGCACAUUCCUGGUAAUAAUAAUUCUGUCCCAAGCUUGGGACAGAAUCAGGUCCAGUAUCAGGGCUUUACACCCAGAGUUUACAUGUGGUCCGUGAACGCCACGGAUGCAAAUCUUGACACAGGAAGUCGAGAGAAUAAAAUGCUGCAUGAAGGAAAUGGAGGAUUUGGAGCUUUGGCACAAAGUAAAGAUGUGCAGUUUCCCGCAGGUAGCCAAAAAACAACAAACAGCAGCUCUAGAAGAAAACAGCGAUCAUCUGAGAAUAAAAUGAGAUGGACGCAGAAGAUUAAGGCAAGAUGGUUGGACAGGUCAGGGAGUUUUGACAAAAAGGGAAAAGAAGGUGGUGGGAGAGUAGACCAGAAGAGUGAGCAAGGAACUGAGAUUUCACCUCAGACGCAGGUACUGAGGGCAGAAAAUCUCAUCAAUACAUCAACUCAAGAGGAAGAAAGGACCCUCCUUUCAUUAGACAGCAGUGAUCCCAGUGAACCGCCACCUACACACACAGCGGACAGCACUCUUGAGGGGUGUAUCAGGUCUUCUAAUGACUUUGAGUUUGGCCUGGGCUCAUUCAGCCUACUGGAGGAAAUCGUCACAGGUCAAAAGUGGGCAAGGUUCCUUAACCCCAACCUACCAGCCACCUCAACCAAUCAGAGCCCACCAGAGGAGCCGCUGCACCAUCUCAAAAUCCCAUCAAAUCCUCACAGUAGCAGUCAGUCAUCUCUGAUUUUGAACCAACAAGGAGGUGGGAACAACCCAUGGAGCUUCAGGGGCACUGCGUCAUCACCAGUUUCAGAUUUCAGGACGGCACAAAUAUCGUCUGAUGCUUUCCUAUCUGUCAGCAUGGACGUUUCAGAGGGAAAACAACAGCAGCAUGUUCACACGGCCGCUGAUCUAUCAGAACCAAUGGAAGAUUGGCAGUCUGGAAAGAGAGGACAGGGUCAGCAAUGUAGACCUCCGUCCUUUGUAGAGCCUGCAUACAUUCUGAACACCUCAGCGCUAAAGAGAGUCUACCUCAACAGAAAGAGACACCAUCAGUCAGCUGAGAGGGGAGACGAGAAGCUUCAAACUGAGAAAAUAAGUGAUGGAAGAGCGACAGGCAGAGAGGGGUCUAUAUCUUCACUGGGCAUAACCAGCAACCAUGUGAUGGAUGAAACAGGAGAGUCAAAACAUGAUAUUUUCAUUCCUUUGUACACCCUAAACUCUUCUUCUACCCCUCUCUCGCCGUCCUCUUUCAAUCCUUUUGUUCCUGCACCUCGGGGUGUCCUCAGACACUCCAUAUCCCAGGAUUCAGAGUCUUCUAUGGAAACCGUGACAAAAAGGAGGCGAGUUGAGGAGAACCGCCGGGUUCGUUUCUCAGAGGAGGUGGUGACCAUAGCCUCUCCGGAGCUGGAUGUGGAUGUUACAGACUCAGAGGGGGAUUCGGGAGCAGAGAAGGACUCUGUGAUAGAGCAGGAGUGCGAGGUGGAGCAGGCAGCGACGGAGGAGGUGGCGCCAGCUCGUCGCACUGCACUCCCUGCCUGGAUACAGGCUCUGAAGAGGAGGAAUAUGGGAAGGAAGCACAGAUAGUGACUGUGAAAGUGCAGAAAAGAGCACUUGGUCUCACACACAAGCUGAGAUAGUUUGUCUCAAAAGCAACUUCAGCUGGUUUUAAGUUGUUUUUGAAAUAAAUGACAACAUUCAAAAAGUCAUACCAGGCCAACAGUAUCCCAGUAUUUCUAAAAACUAUGAAACAUAUAAAUAACAUAAUAGACACCACCGUCUUCCAUUCUCUCCUCUGUUUGUCUAUCUAGACUGGAUUAUAUACUGAGAGCGUUGCAUCAGCUUUUAAAGCUUUUAUCAGAGAUAUUGUGUUGUCUUUCUCCUUCAAUAUCACACUGGACAGUAGCAGACUACUAUGUGGUCUGCUGUCUGUGUCACUGACUCACUCUCCAUAUCCUCUUCCUCUUGGUAAUGGCUCCCUAUCCAGCCAUCCUGGCAAUUACCCCCAGAGGGAGAAAGAGAUAUGACUUGGAAAUGAAGCGGUGGUUUCUGAUGUGUCUCCUGCUCUCUAUUCAACUCUUGAAAUGUUGUUGAGUCAGACAGAAGCACUUUUUUUCCCUUUUUUUACUCUGACAGUAAUUUUUACUCUGAAAGUCAUUACUAUUAUCAUCAUCAUCACUUAUGAAAUAGUACACCGUGACAAUAUCAUCAGCCCCUGUUGAAGGUUUAAUAGACUUGGCCUAGAGCUGCAGUGAUGCUUCCAACAAGGUGAAGACAAAAAUUAAAGGAAUAGUUCAACGUGCUUAUUUGAUUUCCUUCGUCAGGUCUGUAUGGAAGUGUAUGUUUAAUUUGGAGUCUCUGCUGGCUGCCUGGCAAGAUACUGCGCCCAGCCAAGAAAUAGUCUGGGGCAUAAUCCCACAUGAAAUCUUCAGUUUGGUGUUUGUAUGGAUUAAAGAAAUUAGAUCAUGUUAACUAGUGAACUUCAGAGGUGCUGGUAGCCACAGCCAAGUUAGGUAUUUCCCCCAGUCUUUGUGCUAAGUUAAGCUGACUGUCUGCUAGUGGUACUGUUGAUUCAUAUUUACAGUGCAGAUAUGACAGUGGUAUCCUUCUUCUCUUCUGUGUUUAAGUUACCAACCAACCAUCCUGUUAUCCUGGGCAAGGGUGCUGGAUAAUGCGUGUUCAUCCAGAUUUUUGUCUACAUCUCUCACUCUCUAUAUGAAAAACUAGAGAACGUAUUAAAAAGCAAACCCCUCCUCCAGCUACCUCAUUAUUCUAGUCACAUUUAUUAAUUAUCCUAAAUGGGGAUCAUCUGAUCUAUCUGCUAAUUCACGUUUCACAAUUACAAAACUGUGUGCAUGGACACACACAACCAGUCUAAUUAGGCCUUCAAAUGUUGUUAGAGAAACCAUUUUUUUCAUUCCGUCGGCAGAUGAGCUGGAGAAGGCUUUAUGGCCCAGUGUAUUAUAUUCUGUAAUUUCCAUUAUGCAUUAUAUUGAGUUGUAUGAUUAAAUUAGUACAUCAAA